CGUGCCAAUGAAUCGCCCAUUUAUCUUGAAGAACUCAUCAACGCCCAGAAAUGCAUUUUAAAUCUUCGGUUGGUAUUUCCAAACGGAGCUGGAAAAAUUCUAAGUACAGGACUUGAAUAA